AUGAGCUUCACCCACAAACAAAUUAAGCUGCACAAUGGAAUAUUAAAGAAAAGCUCUCAAAAUAUAUUUUUUUGUAGCAACUUUUUCAAAAGAGGGAAACAUGGAUGCGCGAUAACUUAUGGGCAUAAUCGCACAUGCGAGAAAGAAGCAAAGGGUAGUAAUGCACAAGAUGGGAAUAUAAAAAUGGCACUUGAAUUUAAAAAAAAAAUCCUCAACAUUAGAAAUACUCAUGGGAUAUCUUUAAUCCCCAAAUCGAUUAUCCUGAUGGCAUUUUUUCAAACCCCUUUAUUUUUAUUUUAUGUUUUCUAUAAAAAAAUGGCAUCCUAUCCUGAAGUGUUUAAAGAAUUUACUUUUGAGUCACCACUAUGGUUAGACAGUCUUUCUUUACCUGACCCGUAUUAUAUACUACCUCUACUGUCCUCCCUCUUGCUAUUAUCAAAUAAUGAAUUAACAGCAUUGAUUGACAAGGCACUAAGCAAUAGCAAAUCCAGUUCCCUCCCUGGAGAUGAGAGUGAAUUUCAAAAAAAAAUGAAACAAGUAUCAAAGCUAGCCAUGAGACUAUUUUAUAUAUCAUCUUUAUUUUUUUUUAAAUCCAUGCCAUCGGGGUUACUCAUUUAUUUGAUCACGAACACCUUUUUUCAAUUACUUACGACUCAAAUUUGUAAGAUAAAAGUGAUUGAAAGGUUUCUCGAUCUGCCUCCCUUAUACUCCAGGGGGCUGUCCUAUCAAGGAAACGCAGGAGAGAAAAAUCAAUCCGAUUCGAGGCGCAAAAAGGGCAUUCACAUGGACGACUUUGUAAAGGGUAAGUUCAAGUGA